CCACGACGCCUGGUUCAUUCCUCCCCUGCGCUUCCUGCUGCGGGACUCCGGGCUCCGUGCGGGAGCCUCCCCUGCGCCCCCUGCCCGGCCCGGCGCGGGCCCCAGCCGGGGGCCAAUGGCCCUGCUGCCCCCGCCGCUGCGGGGCGCCAGGCCCAAGCAGAGCUCGCCCCCCCACUACUACGAGGGCUUCCUGGAGAAGAAGGGGCCCCAGGACAAGGGGUAUAAGAAGUACUGGACAGGCCUGCGGGGGCUCACGCUGUUUUUCUACAAUGGCAGCCGAGACGUGCAGUACGUGGAGAAGAUCGACCUGGACACCUUCGUGUCCCUGACCGACGGCUACCUCCGGAGCGGCCCCAGGGCCAGCGACGACGGGGUGGGGCUCAGCCUGAAGCUGAGGGGGCAGGAAGUGAAGUUAAAGGCCGAGAGCCUGGAAACUCGGGAGAUGUGGAAGGGUUUUAUCCUCACCGUGGUGGAGAUGAAAGUCCCCUCCAACCUGACGCUGCUGCCCGGCCACAUCUACAUGAUGUCCGAAGCCCUCUCCAAAGAGCAGGAGCGACGGGCCGAGCUGAGCCAGCGCUGCGCCGCGAGCUCCUUCGACUACGAGUCGGUGGGGGAGCAGAUGCCGGACUGCUAUUUCAAGGUCUCCAGGACAGAGGCCCAGGUCCUGCUGGAGAGGAACCCGGACGGCGGCAACAUGUUGCUGCGCCCGGGGGGUGAUGGGAAGAGCAUCUCGGUGACCACGCGUCAGAUGCUGAACAGCACCCCGGUUGUGAAGCACUACAGAGUGAGCCGCAUGGGACAGCAAUACGUCAUCGACGUCGAGCAGCCGCACCACUGCUCCUCCCUGGCCGAGGUGGUGGAGUACUUCGUCUCCAACACCAAGAAGACCCUGGUGCCCUUGAGCCUGGACGAGGACUACGCGGAGAAGUUAGAGUUUGUGGAGACCGAUAAGGAGAACGGCGAGAGCGUCUGGGAAGCAUCCCUGCCCCCCUGCCCAAAGCCCUCCAGAGGGGAUGCACUGAUUCCGCCCAGCUUCAGAAAAAGCGCCCUGGUGAAGCCCCCUGCCCCCACCCCCGUGUUUGAGACGAGGGAGGAGGAUGAAGAACAGGCCUACAUGAAUGACGAAGAUGUGGCAGCCAUCACGGGAACAAAGGCAAAGUCAGCCAGCUCCACAGCGGGUGCCGUGAAGGUGAUGAUGUGGGGAGGGGGCGGCCAGAGCAAGACGCUGCCUAUACCGACCGGCAAGCCAGCCACUAAAGGCCAGUUAUCCAGGAAUCCCAGCAGCCCCAGCAGCACCUUCAACCUACAGAAACAUGGUAGCAGCUCCUCCCGCCAGGCCACGUCGUGGGUCAGAGACCUCUCCCCAGACAUCUCAGAGGAACUGGCGCAGAAGCUACAGAAGCGAAGAGCCAACCUUGAGGACUGAGCCGAUGGCCUGGCGGGCGAGGAGGCGUCUGCCGGGGACACAGGGUUCCAAUCCUCUCGGGGAACAAAACCUUGGCCCCCAGCCUCUCCCGGCUCUUGUGCAGCGUUGAUCACGUACCCAGGGCCCGGCCCUGCUUCUCUGGCCCUUUCCCAGCACCGUGAGACACGGGUUUGUAGGGCUCCCAGCACCCUCUGCCCAACUGCAGCCCCCCCCCGAGAGAGCCUUAGCUCUGGGCCCGUCACAGUGAUUUUUCUAGGGGCAAGACUGCCACCUCGCACGGGCCCUGGCUGUCCCCCUUCCAUGGCUCAGAGGGGCUGCCCCUUAGCCUGGUAGGUGCCACGUGCCUGGACAGGCAGCCAGGGCCAAAGGGAGGGAACGAUGCCCCAUGGGCACCCUCGCCACCAGAGAGGAAGCUAAUCCAGACCCCGGCAGGCUGCGACUGGCCCUGCUGCAGAGCGAGGGGGUCUCUGCGGGUAACGCCCCAGCACCUUUAAUAGCCAGGUGAUUCCUGCCGUCCCAGGAGGGCUGUGGGCGAGGGGCUAAUCCCGCCCCCAGAUCCAGGAGGAAGCGCCAGGCGCUGGGUGCUGCGCUUGGCCUCAUUUGCCUAGGCCAGGCCCUUUGCAUGCUGCGGCUCAGGGUUAAAAGGCUCGGGCGGCGGGGGAGACGGGCGACGCCUUCCUAUGCCCAGUUUGCCUGGGGGUGUUCCACAGUGCAGGGUAAACCAAAGGCAGAGCUGGGGGGCAGGAGUGGCACACCUGUGGCUGGCAUGCCAGGGGGGCUGGAAGCUAGAAUUAUGGGGCAUUGGCAGGGCUGGCCAGGGGGCAUCCCAGGGCAUGGGGUUACCCCCCUGACCAUCUUGGCUAAUCGCCAUUGAUGGACCUAUCCUCCAUGAACGGAUCUAAUUCCUUUUUGAACCCAGUCUUGUUCUUGUUAUGUGAAGGGGUAAAUAACCCUUCCUUCUAUCAUAUCC